UGAACUGUCGAGCAACUGCUGCUGUGAGCUUGAUAAAUGCAGUCGCCGGCGCAUCUGGAGAUACAAGUGCGAAUUUUAGUCAAGAACUAGUGUCUGCGCUACCUAUCAAGAGGAGCGGAAAGACGAUUUUCACUCAGUACAAGCUGAAAGGGAAAGACACAAUGUUCAACCCCUUUUUCAAUGGCACCGCAGAAGCAGAAUCGGCUUGUUUUUCCUAUGGGUGAAGUCUUGUUUUCAAGUAGAUGAACAACUCAGUGGUCAUUUUAUUUUCUGAGUGGAAAGGACAUUACCUGAGUCGUUCCGUACAAUAUAGCAUUGCUCACAAAUUCUGUGUAUUCCUGCGACUGUACCUAUGAUACGCAGGCAGAUACAUCGAUUCCAUGGGCCUUCCUCUAAUCCCCCCACGCCUUUCCUUCCACGGCACAUUGCGCAGCUCUGUAUGCGAAGCUGUUUGACGUACCGAUGCCCAGCGUCCGAGAAGAUGUUCGGAUGCUAGCGAAAAGUUUGACACAAAUCGAGUCUUCUCUGACGCGGAAACAGUUUGCUGCUUACUGUCCGCUGUGGGCACUGGGGCAUGGUGAUCUUUAUGACGAAGGAGAUAUAUUUGCAACUGUGGUAGAACGCACACGAGGAAGUUUAUCGUAUUUGGUGGUUCAUAAUCUAGAAAUUCAUAUUCAGAGCAAAUUAGUACUUGAUAACAAAUUUGUAUUUGAUUUGCACCAGAGAAUGAAUUACUUAUAUCUUCAAAGUUCCUAAUAUCAGUAUCAUUAGGUAACCCUACCAGUACGACGUAUUCGAAAACUCAAAAUAACCGAGUUACUGACUGAAAUAAGGGAGGUAGCUUAACGCCAAGGCGAAGGCUACCUUUCCUUCUCGUCAGUAUCUCGGUUAUUCUGAUCAGUUACUCGCUUAUUUCAGUUUUUCGAAGUUCCUAUCAGUAUCAUUAGGUAACCCUACCAGUACGACGUAAGUACCAAUCUUAUCCUUCAUACCCGCAACGCCGCCAACAUCCUGGUCGAUGCGAUGGAUGCAGUAUGGAUGAUCGAUUUCGCGACUUCGAAAGACAUGCCUUUGUUUAACGAUUUGGCGAAACUAGAGGUCGCUUUACUAUUCGAGUACACCAUUCUACCUGUCACUUGUGAUAUGCUGCUCUCGUUUGCGGGUGGCCCAGAUGCGACUGAGGAAGAGUGGCGCGCAUUCAACGUUGGCGACUGGUUUUCUGUGCAUACAGACAUUUUAGUGGCGUUGUUGCGCGAAUUGCAGAGAAGGUUUAGAGCAGAUGCGGCGAAGACGGAGAAAUUAUUGAUGCAGAUGGGUGGAGGAGGAGGUGAACUAGUAGGAGAAGCAGGAGAGCCCUUCAGUGUGCAUCAAAGAAAAAGUCUCAACAUCGGAGAGCAACAACAACGAGACCUCUUUCCCGGACACCAGCAUCAUCCGCAGCCUGUCAAUCUUGAUUUCUCGCCUACGCUUGUCCUGCAUGAGCGAGACCUGGACUCCCUCAUCACGGAAGCUGUGAGUUCCGUGUACAGCGAUCGACAGAGCAAUAAGCACCGGCAAUCCGUAAGGCAGUUGCGUGCUCGUCUGAGUUGCGACGGCUCUUUCGUGCGACGCUGCUUCGAGAAGUUUUGUGCUGGUAUUGCAGCUUUGGUGCGAGGCACCCAGUUUCAGAAAACCAUGGAGGAGAUCACAACGCAUUUGUCGAGUAGUAAUGCAGCAGCCCAUUUGGCUAGUUCGAAUUCGCAGGAUAACCUUCAACCCAUGCUUUCUUCUAGUACGGAGGAUCCCGGCGCCUCUAGUACUUCCUCGCCGCGGUCCUUACGCGGGGCAGCGUUCGCCCGGUCAGCGUCGUCUCUGCGUGAGGUGAUUCACUACUCGACAGAUUCAGUGCAAUUCACGUUGCGGCAGAUCGCGAGACUCAGAAAGCUCAGUUCUGAAGACUGGAAAUACACACUGAAGAGACUAUCACAACAAGCGGCGCCUUUGGCGGAGUUGCCGGGGAGUAGUGUUGUCGGAACUACGGUUUCUGGGACUGUAGCAUCUUCCGCACAAGCUGGACAAGUAGAAGCUGGAGAGGCUGCGGUAGACACCACAUCACCUGCUCCAGCAGCCGUUGCAGGACAUCAAACAGAAGUUGACGAUCCAUCCUCGCAACUACAAGAUGACGCCAUAUUGCGUGGUAGCGACUCUUUUGCGAGUACUUUGCCGUCUCCCAGUGGCUCUUUCGUGAACCCGCUAUCUUCAAAAUCCUUAGCUGCGAUGAGGGCAGCGAAAAAAGCAACUAAGCGUGGCAGCGUGCUUAAUUCCUUAGGAAAUAUGCGCCGCGCCCGCCCCAGUGUCGUACAGUGGAUGCACGCACAAGAAGCUACAACGGGUCAAUUGUCGUUAAGGCUAAUGGUUGGAGGAUCAUGUCUCAUAUUGAUUUAAUUGAUCCAAAGGUUUUACUGGUAUUGAUGUUUUUUUUCUGUUCAAAUUUUUGCUCCCGGACGAGCAGCUCUCAGCUCUUUCUCCCUCUCUCUAACUGGAGCUUUACGCGGAUCCCAAAGUUUCUCUCCCGCAAGCGGUAUGAAGCGGGUGACGCUGCUGUUGAAGUCAAACACCUUUCACGUGGACGACGAUGCUCUAGGGACGGAAAAGCCGAAAGACAGUACUGACGAGCGUCUUUUCUCGCAUAAGGAGGAAGAGGAAGCGAGCGAAGAGAGGGAAUAUAAGCAAGAACAAGCAGAGGGACUUAGUGUUGACAAUCCUGAUUCAGCAGGAGCUCAGGAGCUUGCUGCUACUGGUAAUGAAAAUGCUUCUCUUCAUCUUGCCAAGAAAGGUCUUUCCGCUGGUCUCUCGAUGGAGCAGCAUUUUUCCGCUAGUACUGCUACUCCCAAACAAGGUCUUUGUUCCAAAAGUCCCUCGACCUCCGCUACUGCUACUCCAGAAGGCGGUCAGAUUCUGCGCCAGGUCGACGGUUUAUCGCUUCAGAUGUACUUGCCCUUAUUACGUGAGGCCUAUCGUGUCCUCGGGUACCGUGACAUUCCGCCAUGGAGCAAAACGGUAUGCGCCUUUUACAUCUCGAGUUUGCGGGAACAAGUUCAACGGGCAAUGGACGCAGCGGUGGCCGAGCAAGAGCCGAAACCUUCGGGAUUGUUACACGAGAUCUACAGUCGGACAAGCCGCAAACUGCAGUACCAAGUAUUGGGAGCGAUGUGUGCGGCGAAUCACCUGGAAAACUUGGCGUUUUUCGAGAACCCUUCCGUUUUACACAUGGCACGUGAGCAUAUGUUCGAUUUGAGCCACAACAAUUUGUAUUUUAUGCCGUUUCAUACACUUGUGGGCACUAGUGGAGGUCAGGGGAAUCGGAAUGAAGGAGGUGCUUCUCAAAGUGUUGAACAACCGGAAUCGGGAAUCCGAACAACGGUCUCAGAUGGCUGCGCGAUGAGCUCCAGAUUGCCCGUGACGAAAGAGGGAACUGCUGAGUCCGGAUCUGCUGCUGGUGCCGGAUCUACUUUGCCACCAGUGCCGGGAGCUACGUCGGCGCCCCAUGCCGUCAGUGCGGAUCCAGAAAGUCAUCUUGCUGUUGA